ACUCAGACAGGUUACUCACGACGCCGCCAGAAACGUGUGCUGUGGUUGUGAAGCUUUGACUAUCCUAUAGGCAUCUUUUUUUUAGAAAAGUUCAAGCGUAAUAUCGACACAGUGCUUCGUUCGGAUAGUAAUGGCUUACCGAGCUCCGGUUUGUUUUCACUUUGUCGGCUGGCUCUCUUAGCGGUGGUCGGAGCGGGUUCAUCACUGUGACUGCUCCAUUUUUGAGGCUCUGAAGUGCCGACAUCAGCUGCCAAAAUCAACUUGUUUCUCACCGCCAGCCUCUUCCUCUGUGCCCUGUGUCAACCAUGGAGACCACUGAGGUGACUUUGGCUAUCAGAGGAGAAACAUCCCCAGGUGAGGUGAUUGCAGUUACUGGUGGCUGUGAAACCUUGGGGAGCUGGAGUCCUCAGAAAGCUGUGAUCUUACAUCCUGAUGGAAAUGAUGGAAGUACGUGGACAGCAACCAUCACCAUACCUCAGGGAGUUGUUUCCAAGUACCGCUAUUUCAAGGGCUUCUUUCUGGAGUCAAAGAGUGCAGAUGGUCCCCGUCAAGUGAUAGUCAAAAUGUGGGAGACCCAUCAUCAACCCCGCACGAUGAGCCCCACAGCAUCACACCUGAAUAUUGAUGAUGGACGAUUUGGAAUUCACAAUGGGGUGAAUUGUGUUGACUCUGGGUGGCUGACGUGCCAAACAGAGGUUCGCCUGCGUCUGCAUUAUUCUAGGACGUCUCCGGUGUCCAUCACUAAGAAGAAAUUCAAGAAGUCUCGCUUCAGGAUCAAACUAACAUUAGAGGGCAUUGAGGAGGAGGAAGACGAGGAGGAAAAUGAGCUCAGUCCUUCAUCAUUGCACAAGAUAAACAGCACUCUGGAGAUCAGUAUGAUCAGUGCCAAUGGCUAUAAGUCUCGCCACUCGCAGCCUGAAUGCGGGUAUGCUCUGGAGCCCACACAGUGGACUGAGUACAGUAUCCACACAAUGGACCCAGACAACCUAGAGCUCACCUUCGAGUUCUUUGAGGAGGAUCUAGGUGAGCAUGUAGUCCACGGGGACACUCAUCCUGGCCAAGUGGGCACAGCUUGCCUCCUCUCCUCCUCUUUUCUGGAGAACGGCAAGGACAUCGGAGUAGCCACAAUUCCCAUAAUGGGUCGAAAUUCCAGGCAGACCAUCGGGAAAGUCAGAGUGGACUACCUGGUGAUCCGGCCCAUCCAGGGGCUGCAAUUUGACAUGAGCUCUUCGUUCACCAAGUACUGGAAGAAAAGAAGCACCCUCGAUGUGGGCCACAGAGGAGCUGGCAGUACACAUGCAGCCAAGCACCACAGAAUCAGGGAGAACACUAUAGCCUCUUUCAAAAGUGCUGCUAAACAUGGUGCCGCCUACGUGGAGUUUGAUGUUCACCUCUCCAAAGAUGCUGUUCCCAUUGUUUACCAUGAUCUGACAUGCUGCAUAUCCACCAAAAAGAAAAAUGACAAUACUUCUUUGGAACUUAUUGAGGUGCCAGUCAAAGACUUGACCUUUGAUCAGCUGCAGCUUCUAAAGCUGGCUCACGCCACUGCGAUAAAAGGAAAUGAUCACAAAGAUCUGCUGGACGAUGAAGAAGAAAUUGACGAGCAUCAGCCAUUCCCCUCGCUCUCACAGAUCUUCCAAGCGAUUCCUGAGCAUGUGGGCUUCAACAUCGAGCUCAAGUGGAUUUGCCAGAUGAAGGAUGGAUCAUGGGACGGAAACCUGCCAUCCUACUUCAACAUGAAUACCUACCUCGACACCAUCCUGUCCUGCGUUCUGCAGAAAGGCGGCAAAAGACGCAUUGUCUUCUCCUGUUUCGACCCGGAUAUCUGCACCAUGGUGCGUCAAAAGCAGAACAAGUAUCCCAUCCUCUUCCUGACCCAGGGAAUUUCAGAAAGGUAUCCUGAGCUAAUGGACAUCCGCUGCCAGACAACUCAGAUCGCCAUGAGCUUUGCCCAGAGCGAGAACAUUCUGGGAAUCAGUGCCCACACUGAGGAGCUGCUAAAGCACCUAAGCUACAUUGGAGAGGCCCAGGCUAAAGGUCUGGUGGUGUUCAGCUGGGGAGAGGACAACAACGACCAUCAGAACAGAAGGAAGCUGAGGGAGCAAGGAAUUGAUGGGCUCAUCUAUGAUAGUAUCUGUGAUGAAAAAGGAGAACAGCCAAACAUCUUCCAGGUAGAGGAGCAACACUCCCUGCAGGAGGUCAUUACAGAGGAGACCCUAAAGAGCUCCACCUGUUCCUGCUACUCCAUUCCCUGCACCGUGGCUCCUUGCAACGACUCCAAGACCCGUACUGGCAGCGCUGAGUCCGAUUCUGGCCUCAGCUCCUCUUAAAUUUCCCUCAAUUUAAACCUUUCACAGGACCUCAUUGCAGAGAUGUACUCAAGAGGUCCAAGGUUGAUUUUUUUGGGGGGGGAGAGUGGGGGUGGGGGGCAUGAAACAAAAACAUGUACUUUGCUUGAAAAUGACAGAUUUAUGUAUAUAUUGAUCCAAAAAGUGAUUGAAUACUGACAGGAUUUGAUAUGUUUUCCACCCUUCGUGCAUGGUCACAAUAGUAAAACCAUUUCAAACCAUCUCCACUCCAGUCAUUUACAGAUGUUUGCCAUUGUCAUGAAUCUUUACAUUAGUUUAAUUAAUGCUGAGGUGGGUGUAUUACCAAACUAUUAAGGCAGCCAUGCAAAUGUUUUUUUUUUGUUUUUGUGUGAGAAAGGCUUGUUUAGGGAAUCCAAAAGGUCUAUUCAUACGGCUUCAUAAUAGUGGAGGAAUGUCAAAUUGUGAAAUUAUACUUGACAGUGGAUAUUUUUUUUUAGCCAAUAUGUUGCAUUUCUUUAUAGUGCAAGUGCUUAAAUGUAAUGCAUAUGAUAUUUUACAGGUGGAAAAUCAAUUUUUAAGUAAAUCAUCAGGUAAAGGAUAAUCCAGGAUGAUGAACUGCUGUUUUUCUGUUUCUUCUGUUAUGUCUUUUUGUGCACGUUGCCAUCCAUUUCAAUGAAAACUGUCCUUUUCAUUGUCUCACAUCACUAUGAGUACAGCUACUGGUGCUUUUUUUUCAGAUAUGAGAAGCACAGACACAACACAUCCAUUGCUGGGUCACAUUUGCGCACCACUCAUAGUCCAAGAAGUGUGCGUUGAGAUGACUAAUGCUGUUGAUGAAUAGACUACAGCUGUCGCCUCUUGAUGGAUAGACUACAGCACUUAGAAGAAGCCCACACGACUGAUAAAAUUCCUGUUGAAUGGACGGUUGAAAGCACUUCAUUUUUCUUUCUGCACCUUUUAAUUCUUACCGUUAUUCUUUAAUAGCAGUUACUGUUAAGGACAUGGUGUGUGUAUUCGUUUUAUCUACCUGGUUUAGGAAAAGCAGAAGAAUGUUUUAUUUGCGAUAGUGCACAUGCUUACCACAGCCUUAAUGAGGGGGAAAUCAUGUCUUCUUUUUUUUCCUGCCUUUUCUUACAAUAUCACCAGUACCUCACUUAUCAAAUAUAAGAAUAGACUCCUGUACAGAAUUAGCAUAUACUUGCCUAUUAUAUGGCAGAUUAUCUUAAGUUGCGCUUGAAAUGAUCAAUCAUUUCAAUAUUGCAAUAGACUAGUGUAUUAGUAAAAUUGAUUGAUAAUGCUGCAUUUUGAGCACAGCAAAGCAAACCCAUACUCUGUGUAUAAUAUGUCUUAUUGCACAAUCUACAAAUCCUCAUGAGUGAGUCAUGCAUGGUCUAUAUAUCUGUAUGUAUGAAUAUGGAUGACUCCAGUGUGUAAUAUUUCCUGCCACUUCAGAACCGUGUGUAAAUUGAAAUGUAAAUAAAAUCAAAACCUG